CUUUGGCUGUGACAGGCUGCUGCUGGUUGCGUGACUCUCAGCGUACGUGCCGCCUUCUCUUCCUCUCUCCUCCCUUUGUGACAAACCCCUUCUUCUUCUUCUUCUCCUCGGUCAGGACUGGAACACACAGAGAUCAUGGCUGUACCUCCCACCUACGUCGACCUUGGAAAGUCUGCCAAGGAUGUUUUCACCAAAGGAUACGGUUUUGGGCUCAUCAAGCUGGACUUGAAAACAAAGUCUGAAAAUGGACUGGAGUUCACCAGCACGGGAUCUGCCAACACUGAGACCAGCAAGGUCGCAGGAUCCUUGGAGACCAAGUACAAAUGGGCGGAGCACGGCCUGACCUUCACAGAGAAGUGGAACACCGACAACACCCUGGGGACGGAGAUCACCGUGGAGGACCAGCUGGCUAAGGGGCUGAAGAUGACGUUCGAUUCCUCCUUCUCACCAAACACCGGGAAGAAGAGCGGCAAGAUCAAGACGGGCUACAAGUGCGACCACAUCAACCUCGGCUGUGACGUGAACUACGACAUCAACGGUACGGCCAUUCACGGCGCGGCGGUGGUGGGCUACGAGGGCUGGCUGGCCGGAUACCAGAUGACCUUUGAGGCCGGCAGGAACAGAAUCACCCAGAGCAACUUCGCCGUCGGAUACAAGACCGACGAGUUCCAGCUCCACACGAAUGUAAACGAUGGGACUGAGUUCGGAGGCUCCAUCUACCAGAAGGUGAACGACCAGCUGGAGACAGCCGUCAACCUGGCCUGGACUGCUGGAAACAGCAACACCCGCUUUGGCAUCGCUGCAAAGUACCAGAUUGACCCUGAUGCAUCCUUCUCUGUGAGUAGAGUGUGACUGCAGCAGGAGGAG